ACGGUUCAUUGAGACUAAAAUUAAAAGAGCAGCAUUGUGGGAGGUUUUGGACUACAUGUGUGCUGCUAGCUGCAGAGAAAGCGAAAGCUAAUAUAAAAGCCUUAUGCACUGUAACUGGAUAUACAGCCAUUUUAAAAUGUUUUAUUAUAUUUUUAAAGCCACCACACUGAUUUAUUAGGUCGUAUAACGGCGUACAAACAAUGCCGCUCAUUCACAGCUAGUUAGCAUCGGCUAGAGGUUUUAAUUUCAUUAUAGUUAACUGUUUACUGCAUCCGCUGAGGGACGAGCUGAAGCUGAAGCUGAAGCUAGCUGUAGUAUUUAUGUUUAGCCGAGUUGCUAAAGGAUCAGGCUUUCACUGACAGCACCGAGUCUCUCGAAAUGGAGCAGCCGGUUGUGGAGAGAGCGAAGAGCUUUUGGUCUCAAGUGGACGUGGACCUGGCUUUUGAGGAGUUGCUGGACUUCCUGUUGUGUCUGAGAGAAGCUAUAAAGAGCAGAACUGCCUCGGAUAAAGGCUACAUCCAGGGCAUGAAUAUUAUUAUGGAGUCAGAGGUGUCGCUGAGUGCUGCUUUGAGGAGCGAUUCCUUUGAGGAGGUGUUGAUUGGUGAAGACAUACUGACAGUGUCUGUAUCAGACUCGCACUGCACUAUACUGAAAAUGAAGGAUCUACCUGUGCCAGAAGACACCAUGCUUGAUGAUCCGUCAAGGAACCCAGAGUCCGGUUCAGAUAACAGUCAGAUGUCUUCAUCAGGCAGAAACGAUGCUUCGUUAUCAGGGAAGUUAGACAUAUAUGACUAUAUGACGCUGCUGUCGCCGACAAAUCUUUUAUCUGAUGACCAGUUGGGCCCUGUUUCACCUGUCCAGCUUUCCUAUCAACAGCACGACUGCAGCCCAGCCUGUCUCCCUCACCUACCGUCUCACUCAGACCACUUUCUCAGCCACAACCCCUUGCGCGUGCCUCUUAUCUGCCACUUCCAGCGGUAUUGUGCCAAGCCACUCACAUUCCCUACACAAGAGGACUUGGACUUGGACGUGGUCUACAAAACCCCGUGUGGGCGGAGCUUGUGCUGCAUGGAUGACGUGUAUCAGUUCUUACAAGAGACUAAAAGCCUCGGGGUCCUGCAGCAGACCAACUUCAGCUUCAAUCCACAAGUCAUGCCAGAGCGUCAGGCCCAGCCAAGGCCUCUCGCUCCUGCUUCACCUCUUCCUACAACCAGUAUUUUUGAGCGGGAUAUAAGCCGUGGGAUGGAAGCUGUCCCGAUCUCUCUGUGUAAUGACUUGGAUGGCGUACGGCCGAAAGAGUUUCGUUACCGUAAGGAUCGCUGGCCUCACGGCUGCUUUUUAAGCAAGGCACCAUUUUUUCUGACCUGCUGCGACUGCACAGACGGAUGCACGGAGAGUUCCAGCUGUUUAUGUCUUCAGCUGUCUCUAAAGGCUGGAGCAAAGACAGACCAGCUUUACAGACACCACCGGCUAAAUGAGCCCGUGGACACGGGGCUGUUCGAAUGUGGCCCAUGGUGCGGGUGCCAGAAAAGCAGCUGUCAGAAUCGUGUGGUUCAGCAUGGACUCAGUGUUCGCCUGCAGGUGUUUCGCACCGAUGACAAGGGAUGGGGCGUGCGUUGCCGUGACGACCUCGAUGCAGGCACCUUUGUCUGUACCUACGCAGGUGUUAUCCUCAGACUAGCGCGGAACUUAGAGGAGCCUCUUCUCUCUAAAAUCCAGAAGGAGGAGCAGCUGUCCGAUGAUGAGGUGGAGGUGGUGGAGGAGUGGACGCUUCCCUCAGGGCAGAAGAAAACAGGAACCAUUACUACUGAGACACUGGAUACCUCUCCACCACUUUACGUUCCUGUGAUCCAGAGAUCUGCAGACCAGCCCUCGACACUGCAGGAUGGGAAGGAACAGCUGGAGCACUCGAAUACCCAGGAGGAAAUGAACAGCUGUUUAUCACCUGAUCCUAAUCACACAGAAAUCAAAGACCAACAUAACGAAGGAGGGGUGAGGAAGAGGCUCCGGUUGGAUGACAAGGAAACCGGCGGCGGCGUACAUCGAGAUCAGAUGGUGCCUAAAGCAGAAGGGAAACCCGACUGUCAGGAGAAAAUGUAUUAUCUCGAUGCUUCAAAAGAAGGAAACGUGGCAAGGUUUAUGAACGUAAGUAUAGCUGCAUUUUCCAAACUAUCAGUUGUUUGUGUUGUUUUAACAUUAUCUUCAUGUUUGACCCCACAGCACAGCUGCAAUCCCAACCUAUUUGUCCAGAAUGUCUUUGUUGAUACCCACGAUCCCAAAUUCCCAGUAAUUGCUUUCUUUACAAGCAAGCCAAUCAGAGCAGGGACUGAGCUGACCUGGAAUUAUUCCUAUAAAACAGGAAGUGAUCCCGAGCACGAGGUACCAUGUCUGUGCGGUUCAACUGACUGCCAAGCAGUUAUCAUCUGACCGUUCAUUGACCACCUGUGGGGAAAGGUUAGGUCAAGGUGUAAGAGGGUAAGCAUAAGAUCUAAGGCUCAGGAACUGUGGAUAUAAAAUGCGUGCCAUGUGGUUCAGCUUCGGGGUAUUCCUGAACCUCGCUUUCAAUAACAAAAACUGAAUGAAGUCAGAUGUUUCUACACAGUUCCAUCUAUAAACAUAGUAGAAGCACAGUCAUUCUUUUACGGUUAAUAACAGCACUGUUUUUUUGUACAUUCUUUGAAAUGACAUAUUUCAGGAGGGAAAAUAAAAAGCCUUCAUCCUUCCUAGUAUUGAUGUGGAAUGCAGAUUUAUUGAACAAAACCUACUCGACUCAUGUCCUGCUAUUGCACUGUGUAAAGUAAUGAAGAGUUUUAUGGAUUAAAAAUGUAUUGUGAUGCCUCUCUCUUGGCUUGGAA